CUUCCUUCAAGCAAAGCACUUCCUUGUUGCCGCAAAGUCAGGUGUUCGUAGUAGACAGCUGUACAUUGUGUUUGUAAACACUGAAUCUGUACGUGACCAUUUUGUCGUAGCAGGGUCUCCUUGCAAUGGAGGAAAACGAAGACAGCGAAAUUAUCGAGCAUCACGUUAACGAGGAAAUGGAGAAGAAAGGCUUUACAACGAGACAUACGCAUUUAUUUUUGGAGAGCGUUACUUUGUCUGAGAGGGAAGGGUACAGCACACAGUCCUCGCACCGGCUACUUGCCUACAGUGAUGCACUCAUUUCCAUUAUAGCAACUGUUAUGAUUUUACCUGUGGCACAUACACAAUUUCAGGACGAUCAGGAAUUAAAAGAGAGUUUGCAGCACCUUCUCACUACCAAGGUUGCGGUGUAUUUGAUGACAUUCUUAAUAGUCUCCGUUGCGUGGGCUGCCCAUAUCAGGUUAUUUCAAGUAAUUGAGCGCAUAGAUGACUGCCUUGCCCUUUUAAAUCUUGCCUGUAUGAUGCUGAUAACAUUCCUCCCUUACACUUUUUCCUUGAUGGCAACAUUUCCAGAAAACAUCCUCGGGAUCCUCCUCUUUUGUACUUGCGUCAUAGUGAUUGGUCUGAUACAGGCUGUAAUUGUUAUGUAUGGAUUCAGCCACCCUUUCCUGCUGAACGACCAGAUCCAGAUAUCGGAAAACCAGGGCUUUUACAAGCGGCACAUCUUGAAGGUUAUUUUGAGAGUGCCAGUUUUCUGCUUCAUCGCAAUCAUCUUCUCCUUCAUUUUCUUCCCCUUGUCUUACGUUCUGCUAGCAUUCGUCACCUUCCUGCCCUAUAUUUCACAGUCUUUGAAGUGGUGUCGUAACAAAGCCAUUGGCCAGAUGGAGGAGACCCCUGAUUCUAUGCUGUUUUAUUCGUACCACCCAAAUGAACCUCUUAGUAAAGAGCGGGUGGAGGCUUUCAGUGAUGGGGUGUAUGCCAUUGUGGCCACACUUCUGAUCUUAGACAUAUGCGAAGACAACGUUCCUGACCCCGCCGUGGUGCAGCGCAGGUUCAACAGCAGCCUGAUCGAGGCCCUGCAGGAGUUCGGCCCCGAGUUCCUGGCCUACUUCGGCUCCUUUGCCACCGUGGGCCUGCUGUGGUUCGUGCACCACUCGCUCUUCCUGCACGUGACCAGGACCACCCGCCUCAUGGGCCUGCUCAACACCUUCUCGCUGGCCUUCGUGGGCGGCCUCCCGCUGGCCUACGAGCUGACCCACGAGUUCCCCCGCAACUCGCGCAACGAGCUGGAGGCCAUCCAGAUCAGCUGCGUCAUCAUCUUCUUCGCCGGCGUCUUCCAGCUGGCCAUCUGGGUGGCGGCGCUCUUCAGCGAGCGGGAGACGCUGCACCCGUACGUGCGCUACGGCGGGCGCGACCACGCCUUCAUGUUCGCCAAGCUGGCGCUCUACCCGUGCGUGGCGCUGGGCACCUUCUUCGUCACGUGCGCGCUCAGCCGCUUCAGCGCGCCCGUCUUCCACCUGAUGCAGAUGGCGGUGCCCGUCGCGUUCCUGCUCCUGCGGCUGCUGGUGCGGCUGGGCCUGGCGCUCCUGCGCCGCCUCUUCUGCCCGACCCCGCCCGCCACGCACAGCGCCCUGGAGGAGGAGGACCUGCGCCUGCCCUUCAGCGACCUGGCCACCUAGCUCCAGCCCGGCCCCAGCCGCUCACACUGUCUGUCAGGACAUGGUGGGGAGAGUGAUGGUAGCCUUGUGUUUUGGAUCUGUCAGGACAUGGUGGGGAAAGUGAUGGUAGCCUUGUGUUUUGGUUCUGUCAGGACAUGGUGGGGAGAGUACUGGUAGCCUUGUGUUUUGGAUCUGUCAGGACAUGGUGGGGAGAGUGAUGGAGGCCUUGUGUUUUGGUUCUGUCAGGACAUGGUGGGGAAAUGAUGGUAGCCUUGUGUUUUGGUUCUGUCAGGACAUGAUGGGGACAUGAUGGUAGCCUUGUGUUUUGGAUCUGUCAGGACAUGGUGGGGAGAGUGAUGGUAGCGCCUUGCGUUUUGGUUCUGCCGGGACAGGGUGGGGAGAGUGAUGGUAGGCUUGUGUUUCGGAUCUGUCAGGACAUGGUGGGGAAAUGAUGGUAGCCUUGGAAGUUUUGGAUUGCGUAUGUAGACGGAAUAACAGACUCGCAGUAUUGCAGGAGGAACGCUUCUUUGUUUUUCAUAUUGUGGACACAUUUACCAAUGGGAUCCAAAGCUUCACAUUGAAGUCAGCUCCUAAUUGUCGAAAGCCUUUUUGUUCUUAUAUAUUUAAAGCCUGAUUCAUUUUUUGUUUCCUUUAGCAACUUAGCCCUAACCACCAUGCUAAACCACUUUAAGCUGAUUAUUAGGACCUACUAGAGCAUGUUACCUGUUGGGCUUGGUCUUUCUUUAUUCCUCAGCUUAAACCUUUGCCUGAUUAUCGUCAUUGUGCAGGUUCCUUUCAGAAAGCAGCCGUUAUUUACACAAAGUUCACUUUUUACCGAUAUGUAUUAUUACCAUUACUGUUGAUUUAUCACAGCUACGCCCUAAAAUGUAAAUGCAUGUAAGCUCACCCUCAUAGUGCGUGUCAUAGAUUGGCAAGAAUUUAAAAGAUGAGCACAAUUGUUUAGGAGGGUUAUGUCCUGUUCUGAAAUCGAGCCCAGUCCCCACUGAAGUGGUUUUUAAGGUACUCUUGUCGCUUGGGCCACAAAUGGUUCCUAAGCUCACCAAAGAUUUGAUGGAGGUAAAUUUACUGUAACUGUAAUACCAUAUUACACACCCACCCAAGAAAAGGCCUGUUACUCUUGAUAGGUAUUGAAAACUGCAUGCUUUUCAUUUGAUUUUAAGAUGGACUAACAAAACCUGUUUUUUUAUUUGUUUUUUUAAAUAUUUAUUUAUAUUUAGGCAGUAUCUCACAACAGGCAGUGGUGUAUUGUGAUGACCUGUAUCAGAUAGUUUCAAAUGUUUCUAUUUUGUGACUCAUGAUGGUUUUUACAUGUAAUAGUUUUUGAUUUUAACCUGAAUGACUGCUUAGCCAUGGUGUGAUAAUUUAUAUAAAAAUGUAAAGAAGCAUUAGACGUCAUAACUGUGGUAUACGGUUACUGUACCACAGCUAUUGACCAAUCAGAUUGUGAGAUUUGCCCUAGCCCGUUUAUGAUCUUGAUUUAUAAGAUCCCACAGUUGAUGCUCUUCCAGUAGGAAGCAUUAAUAUGUAAAAACUUUUUGCACAGAUUGUUGGAUUGAAGCGGGUACAGAGGUUAUAUUGUAGAUGUGUGUACUUUUCUGGGAAUGUGAUUUUUAAAAUCAAAAGACAUUUAUGUUUUUCAGUGUAACAAUGUAUCCGUUUUAUUGCUUUGUGUAAUGAGUAAUAAAAUGAACAGGGUCAGUAGAUUAGAUUAAAUGUAAUUUAAUUAUGGUCAUGGUAUAUGAAGUUGAAGCUUCACGUGUGGCCGGUUUGGAGAUAAGAUUUUGAACAUCCUGCACAAUUAUUAUUUCCAUUCUAAUUUUCUUUUGUUUUGUGUUAUUUUUUGCUUUGUAAUUCGAUCUGAAUACUGAAAUGAAGAAUACUUGUUACUCACACCGUCCAAUACCCAGUCUGACAGACAUUGUUUCAGGGAGCUAAUGUAAAAUAUAGAAAAUAAUCAUAUGUAAGGGAUUCAAAAUGUAGAUACUAACUCAUAUCCUAAAGUGUAAGCAGUAGGUCAUAGGGUCACACUGACAUUUCUCUUUUCAGUGGAGAAACUCUACAUGUAUGUGCCUGUAGAUUUUUCAUUAAGAUAAGGCUAGGUUCAUGUGUCUCCGGUGUUUGAGGUUUGUUUAUGGAUGAUAGAGCAAAUCCAUUCAAGGAGGAGAUGUUUCUAGAAAAAAAAUAAGGACAGAAUAAGAAACAGCUUGCAAAGGUUGUUUCUGUGUGAUGUCAUCCUCCUGUAUUUGCCAUCAGGUGGGUGUGAGGGGACACCUGAUGGCGCACUUCUUUUUCAUAGUGCCAUGGAAUCAUGUAUGCACUUUAACAUUAAUUAACAGCAUUUGAUUUUUGUGGUUGCCGUGUCUGUUUCUGUCAUUUACUUGUGGAAAACCUGCUUUUAUUUUUUUUAAAUAUGUAUUAUAGAAUACUGACAUGAAAUAAAGCAGUAGAUUUAAGUGGUUAGGCCACACAGACACUUUCAUAAGCAGGUCCAGAUCGUGUAUAUGUACUUUGUAUAACUGUCAUACUGUCUUAAGACAGAAGCCUAUUUAAAUGUAGACCUUGGUCUGCAAAUUACACAGUAAACACUACAAACCAUUUUAGCAUGUACAACCAAACUUGGCUUGGCCAAGGUGCUCCCCUAUGUAAAAGAUUUAUUUGAUUUAAUUUCAUAACUGUUCUAUUAUCUAGACCAGUGGUUCCCAAAAUUGGUCCUGGGCCCCCCCUGUGUAUUCUGGUUUUUGUUCCAGUCGUAAUUGCAAUCCCAGAAUUUGAACAAGCUGUUAAUUUAAUUUGGUAAUUUUCAUGUUUAAAGGGAUUAUUUACCCUCUUAAGCCACAUUAUGCCAGAAAUAGCUGUGCAUUCCAAGAAGAAUGAAAAUACUUAUGUUCCAUGAUUGGGAGCCACUGGUCUAGACUAGAUAAACUACAUGUCAUUUUGAUUUUAUUUUAUUUAUUUUUUUGACCAGUGUUGAUUAAAAUCCACUAGAGGUCACUCUUGUCACAGCAGUUUGAAAUGAUGUCAUACUGCUGAAAUUUUGAUUUUUUUCUUAACAGAAUUUUGUUGGAUAUCAUUAAAAAUUCAUAUAGCCAAAUUGAA